CGCCUCGCUGCGCCGCGCCUCCUCCGCCUCCUCCUCCUCCUCCUCCUGCGAAGAUGGCGGCCCGCACGAGCCCCUCAUGCUAGGCGCGCGCCGCAGCCCCAGCCCGCCGCCCUCGCCUCCAGGGCCCGCGGCUAGCUGCUUCCCCCGCCGCCGCCGCCGCCGCCGCUGCUGCCGCCGCCUCAGCCGCCGCCGCCGCCUCGUUCCCCUCAGCCGCCGCCGUAGCAGCAGCGGAGCGCCGCGCAAGGUCGCUGAAAAGUGCCUUCCUUGAAACUGGCAUCGCUACAGCUGCUUCGACCCCCGACUUGGGCUUUCCCUCACCUGCACUGCGAAGGGGAUCGAGAGCGCCCACCACCCUCAGCCGCCUCCGAGCCCUUCCGCCUGCCCCCUUCUUUGGAAAGAAGACCCCCUCCGUUGCUGCUGCUCGGUGCGCGCGGGGCAUCUCGGCCAGCGGUUCAACCGCCAUCGCUUGUCUUUUCCCUCACCUUUUUCCAUUUGGUCCACACGGUCAUCUUUGUGCCCCCUUCUUCUUCCCAACUAUGUAACAAACUCGAUCCUGUACAAAAAAGAAACGAAGAAGAAAGACAAAAACAAACCGAAGGAAAUAGAAAAAAAAAAGAGAAACAUUUCGGUAUUAACGCUUGCAGCUUUUGUAAAUGUUUCAGGCACAGGAUGAAAGGAUAGAAACUUGCUAAAGGUUUCUUUUCUGCCAAGAAACAAAAAACAUUCCCCUCAGCCUGUACCGUUGCAGCUGUGUUUUCUUGGACUGAUCUGGUUUUGUGCGGGGAUAGUUGAAACCCACAACUUGAGAGCACAGAAACCUGUGAGGACGCAGUAAUAGAGGAAUGCAAGUUGUUUUGAAAUAAUUUUGGCAGUGGCACAAAACAUUACAUAUAUAUAUACAUAAAUAUAUAUAUAUAUACAUAUAUACAUAUAUAUAAAAACAUAUAUAAAUAUAUAACAUUUCUAUUUUAACUUUGACAAUUGCACUUUUAGGAGCUGGCCUCUAAUUUGAUUUUUUUAGUUAAUUCUGAUGAGAUUUCUAUUUUAUGAUUGGCUAAAAGUUUAACCUUUUCUUUUCAACAAGCAUAAUUUGAGUUCAAUGAAACCUAAGUGCUGACGAAUAGAAAUUUUACCAAAGCAACAAAGUUAUUUCUUCACAUUUUUAACUUGAAUUUCCUUUUGAUAAAGAAAUCCCCUCACAGACACAGACACACACACACACUUUUCCCUUUCUUCAAAAGAAAUCUAUUCACCCGAAGAACAUUGUGUUCCCCCUGUUCCUACCCUUUUUAACCCCCUUUGGGGGCAGUUUUUAAAAUAUGGCGCUGAACGUUUCCUUGGUUCGUGACACAAAAUGGCUGACGCUGGAAGUCUGUCGGGAGUUCCAGCGAGGAACCUGCUCUCGUUCUGACACAGAGUGCAAGUUUGCCCACCCUUCCCGGAGCUGCCAUGUGGAAAACGGACGCGUUAUCGCCUGCUUUGAUUCCCUGAAGGGUCGCUGCACUCGAGAAAACUGCAAAUACCUUCACCCUCCACCACACUUAAAAACACAACUUGAAAUCAAUGGGCGCAACAACCUGAUCCAGCAAAAGACAGCCGCUGCCAUGUUUGCACAGCAAAUGCAGUUUAUGGUCCCUGGAGCCCAGCUGCAGCCGAUCACGACGUUUCCUGUGACUCCUUCGCUUGCAACCAGCCCCACCAUGGCGUUCAGCCCCUACUUAAGCCACGUUUCUCCAGGGAUGGGUUUGGUGCCUGCAGAGCUCUUACCAAACACGCCCGUCCUGGUCUCCAGCAACCCCGCGGUUUCCAUACCCGGUGGCUCCGCGGGGCAGAAACUCAUGAGGACAGAUAAAUUGGAGGUGUGCCGAGAAUUUCAGCGUGGAAAUUGCACGCGGGGCGAGAACGACUGCCGCUACGCUCACCCAAUCGAUAUUGCCAUGAUUGACACGAACGAGAACACGGUCACGGUGUGCAUGGAUUACAUCAAAGGCCGAUGCUCCAGGGAGAAAUGCAAGUACUUUCACCCCCCUGCGCAUUUGCAAGCUAAAAUCAAGGCAGCUCAGCACCAGGUGAAUCAAACAGCUGCGACCGCAAUGGCAUUGCCACCUGGUGCCCUUCAACCUUUACCAAAGAGGCCAGCACUUGAAAAAAACAACGGUGCCACCACAGUCUUCAGCCCAAGCGUUUUUCACUACCAGCAGGCCCUUGCCAACAUGCAGUUGCAACAGCCUGCCUUUAUCCCAACAGGGUCUGUGCUGUGCAUGGCACCCGCAGCAAACGUUGUUCCCAUGAUGCACGGUGCUACGCCCACCACUGUUUCCGCAGCAACUACACCCGCCACCAGCGUUCCUUUCGCUGCAACAGCCAAUCAGAUCUCCCAGUUAUCAGUCGAUGAGCUGAACAGCAGCAUGUUUGUGUCCCAGAUGUAGAAGCCGCACCACAAGUCCUGUCAGCAUCCCGGAGAGAGAACGGUGGCACCACCCCCCCGUGCGUCGUGUUUCCUCCUCCUCCCUCCUGGCAGGAAGCUCAAGUGGGCUCUCUGCUUUCUGCCCCCUCUCCCUUCUCUCCGGCAUCGGCAACGUCCAUGCUAACCAAAAACUGAUCUGUGGGAAUGUCAAAACGAUUUUUUUU